CGCGAGAGUGCGGUGAGAUGCUGGAAAGUGUGGAGAAGCGGAGAAUCUCCUAAGACAUCAUCAGGAGCAGCAGACUGUACUGAGAAUAAUCAUGAAGUGAAGACAGAUGCUGGAUAAAUAAAUCUUUUUAUUGGGACUGAGAGCCUGUGAUGUCCAGCAGUAUGAGCGAGGCUGACGAGGCUUCGGCCGGGGAAUGGAAGGAGAAGUACAUGGUCUUGGAAGCUCUGCUCUUGAAGUUCCGUGGACAGAUGAGUGUGAUUCGAGACCUCACAACGGAAAAGAUGCAGCAGUUGGAGACACAGAUUUUGGAAGCAGAGCGAAAUGCCUACGAAGCAAACCAGCAGGUGCAGUGGAUGGAGGAGCGUCUGAAGUCUACUGACGUGGUGUCUGGUGAAUCCGAGCUGAAACUCUUCAGACGCUGCCAAGACCUACAGGCUGCUCUGCAGGAGAAAGAAGAACUCAUAAUGUCACUAGAGCAACAGCUAGAGGAGCAGAAACAGGGCCGAAUGCAAGAUGCCAAGGUUGUAGAGGAGAAAGCAGCAAAGAUAAAGGAGUGGGUGCUACGGAAGUUAAAUGAGUUUGAAGUAGAAAACGGCUUCUUGAAGGAAACAAACCAACAGCAAGAAUCUGAGAUACUGGAACUGAAGAGACAAAUUCAAGUCCUGGAACAGGCCACAGGACCCAGAGGGUCAGAUCAUGCUAAACCUGGACAGGCCCAGCGGCUCAGUAGCCUGACCUUUGGCUGCUUUCAUGUCCAAGGGAAGAGUCCUCAGGUGCGGACAGGCCACAUUCCAAAUCAGAAGAGCACGGGCAGUGUGUGUACGACCCACACACACACCGAGUGCAGGAGGUUCUCAGCUGAUGAUGAGAAUAAGCACAAUUCAGAGGCUGAUGCUAUUAGUCCCAGCCCUAGAAUGGAGUCUGAGCAAGAGAAGGAUUGUGAAUCUACAGGGAACCCCCAGUCUCACAGCACUGGGGAUAAAUCAGAACCUAGAGAACCCAAUCUUACCAGCGUAGAAGACACCGACCUACAGCAGCCCAUUAGUAGUAUAUUUUCAUUUAAACUUGCUGGAUCAGAUGCUGUAGAGGACAAAGCCAGCAAGGACAGGGCUGACAUUGAGGAUGGCUCCUCGGACGAGCUGAACAAGCAGUUUCGCAUGCAACGUUUAAAUUCUUCAUCCUCCUCUAGUGAAGCCAAUACUCCCAGCCCAGUUCUGACACCGAAACGGCCCACGCCAUCCCAGGAUGCCCAUGAUACACCUGCCUCACCCAAGCAGCCCCGCCUACGCAGCCCCAGUGCCUUUAGUGUUAGCGUUGCAUUAGCCAAGAAGCACCUAAGCCAGCCUUCAGUGGUUAGUGAAACAGUCCAUGGGAGAACCCGAAAUGCCAUCAGUAUGCUACGGCCAUUAAAACCACAGGAGACUGAUUUGAACGAGGAACAGCAGAUGGAGACCAGUGAGGGUAUGAUACCUCCUGAAGAGGCAUCUAAAGCCCCAGCAGAUGUGCCAGAGUCGAGUGAUGCAGUUGUACCUUUACCAGGGAACAAGCCACCCACUCCCCCACUGCACAGGUUCCCCUCCUGGGAAAGCAGAAUAUAUGCUGUGGCUAAAUCUGGAAUUCGACUUUCAGAAACAUCAUGCACAGAUGUUGCAAAUAAAGACUCCUCCCAACCGUCCUCAUACCCUGCCUUCAUGCUGUACACAUCUCUCAUCUACAGAAACAUGAACACACCGGUCUACACCACUUUCAAAGGGAGGGUGGCGUUGCUUAGCAGCAGUCAGUUAUCUGAGGAGUCAUCCACCUCCGAAGAAGAGGAUGGUGAGGAGGAGUGUCAUUCAGUCUCAGGUGAAGAAGAGAGUGAUUUGCGUACCUCCAGUUCCAACUGUACCAAAAGCCAGGAAAGCACACUCAGGAGAGCCGUGUCUCUGUCCUCCAUGGCGUCCGAAAGUGACUACGCUAUUCCUCCUGAUGCUUAUUCUAUAGACACAGAGUGCUUUGAACCAGAGAGCAAACUGCAAAAGACCGGCUCUUUCAACAGUGACAGUGGCAAGAGUGAGCCGAUGGAAAAGUCUGGUUACCUGUUUAAGAUGGUCAAGACAUGGAAGAAGACCUGGAAACGCCACUGGUUUGUCCUGAAAGAUGGAGAACUAAUGUACUACAAGUCACCGAGUGACGUCAUCCGUAAACCUCAAGGCCAGAUUGAACUCACUGCUUCUAGCACUAUUUCCCGUGGGGAGGGCAAACAAAUACUUCAGGUGGUGACAGGAAAACAUGCAUUUAAUCUAAAAGCGGAUUCUCCUAACCUGCUAGAGGAGUGGCUGACGGUCCUGCAGUGUGUGCAGAAAGUCAAAGCAGCCAGUCCUCUGUUCACCCAACCCAAUAUUCGCCCAACCAUGAAAGGACAUCUGACUAAGAAGAAGCAUGAUUAUUCCAAGCGUGUGUGGUGUGCGCUUAUUGGAAAGACAUUGUACUACUUCAGGUGCCAAGAGGACAAGUUUCCCCUAGGCCAGAUCAGGCUAGCAGGGGCACACAUUAAAGAAGUGAACUCUGAUGAGGACAGUAAAAGUGGACAGUCUGCUCAGUUCACCAUCUCCAUUCAGACCCAGAACCAGAGCCCCACUUACCUGCAUGUAGAUUUCUCACACGAGAAGGCAGCAUGGCUGUACCACUUGUCUGUGGCAGCGGGCACCAACAAAGGACAGGUGGGAACUGAGUUUGAGCAGCAGGUUGACAAAUUGCUCAAUGUUAACGGUGACUCAGGAUCUCAAGUGUGGAGGCAUCCCAUGUUGUGCUUCAGCAAGGAAGCCCUAACCACCCCUCUCACCACUCUACCCUCACAGGCCUUACAGACAGAAGCCAUCAAGCUUUUUAAGACAUGUCAGCUCUUUAUUAACGUAGCCAUAGACACUCCUGCCAUCGACUACCACGUGACCCUGGCACAGUGUGCCCUGCAGGUGUGUCUCACGCACUCAGAGCUGCAGAACGAGAUCUACUGCCAGCUCAUCAAACAAACACGCAGGAGGCAGCCUCAUGGCCAGCCAGGCCCACUGCAGGGCUGGCAGUUUCUGUCAUUGUGUGUGGGACUCUUCCUGCCACUGCAUCCCAUUCUAUGGCUUCUCCAAGUCCAUCUCAAAAAGCAUGCUGACCCCAGGACAGAGGUGGGGAAGUAUGCUAUCUACUGCCAACGUUCCAUGGAAAGAACCCAACAGAAGGGUGAGCGUCAGGCUCGGCCCUCACGUAUGGAGAUACUGUCCAUCUUACUGAGGAAUCCUUAUCACCACUCGCUGCCAUUCAGUGUGCCCGUGCACUUUCUCAACAACACUUAUCAGGUUGUUGGUUUCGAUGCCUCCACCACAGUAGAGGAGUUCCAGAGCCGUCUAAACCAAGAGACAGGCAUGAGGAAGUUGGGCCAGUCUGGUUUUAGCCUAUACUCAGACGACCCCACUGGGCAAAACAUCGAACACUAUCUACAGGGCAGUCUGAUGAUUUGUGAUAUUAUAGCUAAAUGGGAGCAGGCCUGUAAGGAGUCACACACAGGCAAAUCUGAGAACACCAGGACUGUGAAACUGACAUACAAAAACAGACUGUACUUCUCUCAGCAGCUGAGAGGUGAGACUGAGAGAGAGCGUCUGCUCUUGGCCUAUCAGACAAAUGAGGAAAUUGCAGCAGGUCAUUUCCCUGUUAACAAAGAGCUCGCUCUAGAAAUGUCUGCUCUGCUGGCUCAGGUGGAGUAUGGAGAUUUUGAGCGUCCAUUCCCAGUCAGUUCUGGCUCUGGACAAGCUAAAUCUUCCCAAACCCUUAAGCAGGUCCUAGAGCGCUUCUACCCCAAGCAGUACAGACGAACCUGCUCAGAGGAGCAGCUAAGGCAGUUAAGUGAGAGGAUCUCGGCUCGCUGGGCGUCGCUGAGGGGGCGCUGCACCUCCGAGUGCGUGCGGAUCUAUCUAACCGUAGCCCGCAAGUGGCCCUUUUUUGGAGCUAAACUGUUUGAAGCCGAGCCCAAGUCCCCCUCUUUACUGCAAAGUACACGUGUGCGGAUAGCCGUCCAUGAGGAUGGUUUGAGCGUGUUGGACUUUACAUCCAUGAAACUUUUAGUCUCCUUCCGACAUAAGAACAUUGUAAAAUUUGGAGGUUGUCAUCAGGACUUCAUGCUGGUGGUGACUCAGAGCUCUGGAAGCAACACAGCCAAGGAAAAGCCUACUGAUAAGCAUUUGUUUGCCAUGAGCACUUUCAAGAUCCGAGAGCUGACACUCCUUAUGGCUGGCUACAUCAACAGCACCCAUCAACAGAAGUCAGCAGCGCACCAUCUCUCAGCCCCAGCUCUACUUCUGGCCCAGUGUCAGUCUGGAGAGCAAAACACAUCUAAAUCCCCUCCUGCGGUGGCACGUGGAAAACCCGGCAAAGGACCCAAACUGCUCUGAUGUGCCUUACAUUGGUACACACUCUAAAAUCUAACCCCUAGAUCGUGUUUAAUGUCGAUUGCACAUGCCCUAGGGAACAGGAACUUGAACCUGAUUUGCAUUUUUGGUGUUACUUUUCUUUGUGAUAUAAAUUCGUUAACCUAGAACAAUAGACUUCUUUUUUUUUCUUAGCACGUCUCCUGUAGGUUCAGCUGUUUUGGACAAAAUGUCCUAACCAGCAUUGCACAAGUGAAUAAUAAUUUCAAUGAAAACAUAAAUGUUGACCAACAUUUUUUGUUAUUCUAAUCAUUUCAUGGUCAACUAAAUGCUGGAGUGUCUUCCAAAUGUUCUUCCAUACAAACAUGUACAGAUAGGAAAAGGAUAAUUAGAGCUCUCUGUGGAGGUGGAUCAGGAUUUUUCGUUUUUGUUUUUAUGAAUGAGAAGCGUUAGCAGGUAUAUAACAGGGUGGUUCACUUUUUUCUGAUUGGGUAAAUCAUUUCCCAUCACUGAAAAUUUUAAGGAAAAUAGAAAGUGACACAAUUGUACACUGAGACUAUAAGCCAUGUGUGUGUCAUGUAGAUAUAAAGGGACUAUAAUGUUUAAACUCUAACUUUGAACCUAUUUAUUGUAGAAAUGGGAAUCUGUUGCUGAUUUCCUUUAUGUAUACACAUUUUAAUAAAUCUAUGUUAUAAAAACA